AUGUGGGGGUCCAUAGUAGAGGCCCCUUUUUGUCGUAAACCCGCAUUUAUCCGGAACUGGCAUUUGAAGCAAAGGUUGUGCUUAUCUGCGGAUGAAGCCGACGAGCUUCUGUCUUAUGCGGAGGUUGGCUUUCAGCAGGACCUGAAGGAUCGAUGCAAACAGCCGGCUUUCGUAACUAUGGCACACCAUUUUGUUUCACAUGCUUGGAGGUACAAUUAUUCGACAUUUUUAGAUGCGCUCGCCACUUGGGAUGCGCGGACAGGCAAAGAUCUCACCACAUACUUUUGGGUGGACGCAUUCGUGGUCAAUCAGCACAUUGCUGACUCAUAUCCGAUGGAAUGGUGGUCCACACGUUUUGCACAAGCUGUAGGUGAUGUUGGCAGCACCAUCCUUGUCUCCAUGCCCUGGGAGGACCCAACUCCGCUGAAACGCGUUUGGGUGAUCUGGGAGAUUUUCUGCGCGUACCAGACGGGUGCCAGAUUUGACAUUGCUAUGCCCAAGAAGGAGCUGGAAGGCUUCAGGGCAGCACUGAUCACGUCCUUCACCAAAGUGCAGACUGCCUUGAGCAAAGUGGACGUGGAGCUCAGCAGUGCGUUUCACAAGAGCCAUCAGGAUAUGGUUCACGAUGAGAUCAGACGGACGAUAGGCUUUACCAAGCUCAACGAGAUGGUUCAGCUGCGGAUGACGCGCUGGCUCAUCGGUAUGGCAAGUCGGGAGCUGCAGAGCAUGAAAGAGAAUGCCAGCCCAGAAAACUGGAAAGAUCGGAUGGGUCUCCAGGAUAAUCUGGCCCGCAUGCUGCGAGAAAGUGGCAAUUUCUCUGGUGCCGAGUUUUACUUCAAGGAGCUGCUGACAGAAGUUGAGAAGACGCAGGGCAAGGUCACCUUGCAGAAGGCGAAUCACAUAGAUGAGGCCAUUGCCUUCAGUGAGCAACGAGGGAUCGGCAUCGAGACUGCUUGCAGCGCCGUCGUCGAAUUCUUGGGGAAAACCAUGAG